UUAUUGUCAGAAGAAAGUCAUGCCCAAGUCAUAAUGAGAUUCCGGGAAUUAGGCCGGUUAGAGGAAGACGUGGUUAGCUCCUUCGGGCGGUGGAUACCAAAGAGGAAACGCACUUUGGAAAAACUGGAGGAACUAGCAGCCAAAUUACACGAGCAACACAUAAACGUCAGUAAAUCGACCAUAGCAGGUGCUUCCGCGAGCACCCUAGGAGGAAUCCUAGCGAUAGCGGGCCUGAUCGCCGCGCCCUUCACUUUUGGGGCCGGGAUUGUGGUCUCCCUUGUUGGUGCCGGAAUCGGAGGCGCAGGAGGCCUGGUGAUGUCUGUUUCCAAAGUAAUCGAGAUAACCCUCGCAAAGCUAGGAUUGAAAGAGGUUCAAAGAGCCAUUGACGAGGACAAGGAAGCUUGCACGCAGCUGCAAGAAAAAUUGGAAAACCUUGAGAGGUUCAUCUCCAACCUAAGAGAAAUAGAAAGCAAUGGUUUUGAAUUUCUUCACCAACUAGUCGAAAGGGAGUUUACGACUUCAACUGAGGAGAGAAUCGAUAUCUCCGCGUGCGUUUUCGUCCGCGGCUUCGGUAGGGGCUGGAGCUUUCGCUGCUGCUGGUGCCUUCGCGCGAGCUGGGGGUUUGGCGGGAGUGCGCGUGGCCAAUUUAGCUGGAGGAAUUGUCGGCGCCGUGCUUUUACCUCUGGAUGUCUACAUGUUGGUGAAAUCGUCUUUAGAGGUACAUAGAGGCUCGACCACGCAGGCUGUGAAUGACAUCAGAAAGUUAAUAAGCGAAUUGGAAUGCCCAGAGGAAGAAGAUAUGCAGAAGAUGGUUCGGAGAUUCAUCGCCGAGAAGUUAAUUGAGAUCUUUAAUGAUGGGGAUUCCAACGAAGUAUAAAAAGACAACGGUGAUGACUACAGAGAAGCCAAAACUGUAGCGAUAUAGUAAUCAAAGACGAACGUCAAUAGCGAUUACAA